AUGCCUGUUGGUAUCCCUAUCACAGGGAUAUUGGUCGAUUGGUUCGAACCGUGGGUUGACGAAAUAUGCACUGGAUCUAUCUUCAACGCAGAUUUCGGCCUUACCAAUAACGAGAGAUUGGAAGGGUUCCAGUUCCUCGCGAAGAGCAUCCGUCAACUACUUAACCAACAUUCGGUUUGCUUGCCAAAUGUCAUUAUCACCGACUAUGAUAAGCAGAUGAAAGCCGCCUUAGCUUACGAGUUCGCCGACGUACAGCAACAGCUCUGCAUCCAUCAUAUCAACUCCAAUGUUAUGCUUAAGGCUAAGCAGAAGUGGGUAAAGGGAGUACGGCUAGAGGGUGUUACCGGCAAUAGCUCGGACCAUGAAGACGACAAUGAGCCCUCGAGAACACUAAGAACGGAAUUAAGCGACGAGGACCAGGCGUAUAUCCACACGCCCGCCAGCGAUUCAAUCCCCCAUACAUAUCACGGACUAUUUGCAAUGUAG